UAUCUCCCUUUUGUUUUUCAGCGUCAGUCACAUGUCUACUGCACUGUGAAAAGCUCAAAGUGCACAGGAACCCGGACAAUCCGAUGAUAUAACUGCGUGACGAUACUUUAAUUCAUGUGAUACUCGUUCUCGAGAAGGAGUCAGAAUGGUGACCAAGUCAUCUGUUUGUGCAGUGAUCUCUUGCAUUUUUGGAGUUGCAUUGGUAGCUGUUGGCGGAGCUCUCAUUGUUGUUUUUAAAAAUCUGAUACACUCGAAUAUCGAACAGCAAGUGAAUCUGAAAGAAGGCUCAGAGACCUACAAUGAUUGGUUGGAUCCACCGGUACCGAUCUACUUCCAAGUCUGGGUGCUGGACAUUGUCAAUCAUGAAGAGGUGGUCAGUCAGGGAAAACGCCCGUCUGUUAUCCAGAAAGGACCUUAUUCGUACAGAUGUGCACAUGCCACAAUACCCAUGCUGACCAUUGCCAACCUGAUUCGGUUUGAGUAUGGGUUCAUCCAGGAGCUGGUUGACCUGGUGUUGGAGGGGGUGGGAGAGAGACUGUUCCUCCAACUCUCGGUGUCGGACAUAAUGUGGGGAUACGAAGACAAGCUGCUGAAGGAGGUGGAUGAUAUCUUACAGCGCACCGUCAACAAGACCAUUGAUGACCACUUUGGUCUCUUCUAUAAUCAAAACGGAUCUGAUGAUGGGGCGUACAACAUCAACACCGGGGUGAAUGAUGCAAGUCAGUUUGCUAUGAUAAAGAGCUGGAACUACAACAGCACCCUGCCAUACUGGACUUCACUAACAGCAAACAUGAUCAACGGCACAGAUGGCACAAUGUUCCCUCCAUUCGUGGACAAGGCUCAACCCCUCUAUCUGUUCUCUUCAGACAUUUGCAGGCCGGGAGGAAACGUAAUGGCAUCCGGAGUGGACUGCAGGCCGAACUGUGGUGUGCCUUUGAGCUUCCGGGACUCAGCAGCCUGUUUUUCCCAAUGGCCCAUCAUGGACACUGUGAUAGACCGAGGUCCUGUGAUGAUGUCACAACCCCACUUCCUGGCUGCUGACCCAUCAGUGAUCAAUGGCGUGGAGGGCAUGCACCCAAUCAGAUCUCAGCAUGAGACAUUUGUGGAUGUGGAACCAAUGACUGGGGUGGCCAUGAAUGUUGCGAAGAAACUCCAGAUCAAUGUCUAUGUGGAACCAAUCAAUCAUAUCAAAGAUACUGAGAAGAUAACACCUGUGUUCCUGCCUAUCCUCUGGCUUAACGAGAGUGCGGCUAUAGAUGAAAAGUCUGCUGCCAAGUUCCGCGAGAAGGUGCAGGAACCUAUCAAAAUCACUCAGGCUGUGCAAUAUGGCUUGAUUACACUGGGAGCCUUCAUCCUCGUCUGUGUCCUCUCCGUCGUCAUCCGCAGAACCAUGUGUCCUACUAAGGACAUUCCCCUUCAUGACCUUAGUAAAGAAACAGAUCCUCUCUUGAACUAGUUGAAGAAGAGUGCUUCUUGAAGGUCACCAACGUCCAACUUUACAGUUGAUAUGAAAACCGCCGACAAACUUAAGGAGGGACAAGAAGUCCAAACUUCUACUCAACAAACUUUACUGAACUCUUCUAUGAGACAUAUUUUGUUAUCAAACAGUUAUUCAUCUGCACAUGUUUCAUCUGAAGGAACAAAAUAUCAAGCAAUAUUCGAUUUAAGUGAUCAAAAGUUGGUUUGGAAUAUUAACAUCAUUUGUACAUCACUUGGAGUGCUAUAGAAUACACAAUAGAUGUAUGCAAGGCCAAAGCACCAACAUAACUGUUUCUGGUAUUCUGAACCCUCAAUCUUGCUAUAUAAGGAAACUCCAUCAACCUGGACUGUUGUAUUUCCAGAAUUAUCAAAUUUCUCCAAACGAAAUAUUUGAUGGUCGAGCUAGACUACUUUUAGAUUUAACCAUGUUUUGUUGUCAUUUUAAACUUAAUGCUGUUUGUUGGGUUGCAAAUCUGAUGUUACAUGCUUAAAUCUACAAGAACCUAGUUCUACAUGAAACAGAAUGUGUAUUUUGUAAUUGUGAUCAGCUACCUGAAGUGCUAACAAACAAAGAUUUGCCUACCUGUGUGUUGGAUGUGUGAUUAUGGAGAAACAAUUAUCUUUCUGUUUUUGAUUGUUCUACUCUUCAGGUAACGUCAGCCUGGAGAUAUGAUGGCCUGUGUAUAAACAAGUGGUUGUUGAUUCAUUCAGCAAGAUUUAUGGAAGUAUGUCUUGUGUGUAACUGCUGCAUUCUUCUUUUUACAUUGUCUUUCAGUGCCAAUAUUUUCAGCUGCUCCAAACAUGGUGAAGAUUCUCAAACAUGACAACAUCAACAAAACUAUCAGACAUAUUUGUUCAGCCCAUAAUGAGACAAAUUUGACAUUUUGUAGCAUGGCAAAGAGGCUCCCUAUCUUCAAUAGUUCUUUGUCCUCUUAACCAGUGUGUUUGAAGAUUUUCGACCAUUUUGAAAUUGCGUAAAUAGCACAGUGUUAUCUGAUCAUAAAAUCAACAUAUGUAUGAACAGAGACCGUAUAAUCUAUUAUAAUCUCUGGUAUGAAGCAGUAUAAUAACAAUACCAGGGAGAAAACAAAACAACUGCUGAUUUUAUCUGGUCAAAGAUUCCACACAACAGAACAUCUGGCAUUAUUGCACUGGGCCAACUUGUACAAAGUGAUCUUAAGACUACCUAUAACGGGAGUUACAACCCUCUAAGUGCAAGGUUCGUUUUGUGCAGUUGGACCUAGGUCAGUGAUUUGAGGGUGAAUUCUUAUUCCCUAUUGGAAGUAUGCAAUGAAAGUUGUUUUUUAAGGCUUUGGAAGGAUUAACUGUAAUAACCAUCUCAUCCUUCAGGGUACCCCUCUGAUGUUGGGCGAACGUAGACACAUUUCAAUCAGAGAUUUGCUACUAUGUAUCAAUGCCUUUAGCCCUUGUGAUAUCUUUGAGAAAGGAUAAGUGGUUGGCUGUGCAGUGAGUAGUUGUAGAUGCAGAAUUGCGUGCAUCUUGAUCUGUGAUAUUCUUGGAUUUGAACAGUUCAACGUAGUGACUGCACUGUGAAAGCAUUGUCUUCUUGACUUCAAACUAGCACAUAUUGUUGUCCAUUAAACGGCUCAAUAAAUUAACAUAUAUUAGAUUUUCAUCCCAACCUGAUAUCACUGCUUUUAUUUCCCAAACUUCUUGACUUGAUGAAAUACAAUACAUAGUCCAACCAAACACAUUUCUGUGAAUCAGAAUCAUUGGAAGUUAGUGUAUUCAGAUUCGUCAGGCAUUUUUUGGUAAAGUUUCAAACUUAUAUAAAAUGACUCCCACCUGCCUCUUAAAACAGGAGUUGGGAUGAAUAUCUAAUACUUUGCUGCUGCCCUUUGGCUGCUCAAUAUUCCAACCAGUUUCUUGUCUUUCAAUUUGACUUAUACAUGUCAAAGGUGCUGUUCCAAUUUGUGCUUAGUCAGUAGGCCUGUGACAAGCUAUUUUUUCAUCUUGAACAAUAAUGGCUCAAAUAUGUAAGAACUGAACUAUCUGUGGAUGUAAAACAACAUUACUGUGAAAGAUUGAAAUCUUUAAAACAUCAUGCAUGGCUUACCAACAUGGAUGACAUGUUUUUACAAGGGAGAUUAUUCAGUAUGUAAAUGAGAGUUAUCUGCUCUUGCUUAUCAAGACUCUUGUCAUGAUGUCUCCAUCCAUCAUUUAGGUUGGUGGUGUUGUCAUGGCAAUGUAUAUAUAUAUCUACAUGGAUGGCUUCACCUUUUGUCAUAUGUUCAACUUUGUAUUACUUAAACUUGUAGAUUAACCAUGAUACUCUUUUGCCAGUAUGUUUUGUUUUUUUGUUGUUGUUUAAAGUCGCACUCAGCAAUAUUCAAGCUAUAUGGUGGUGGUCUGUAAAUACAGUCUGGACCAGACAAUCCAGUGAACAACAGCAUGAGCAUGGAUGUAUGCAGCUGGGAUAUGGUGGCAUGUGUCAAAUAAGUCAGCGAGCAAGAGCAUGGGUUGCUGAAGACCAAUUCUUUCCUGGAUCUUCAAUGGCCUUGGUCAGUACAGAUCGCACAUACUCAUUUAUUUCUCUUUUAAAGCAUGAAAGUGACCUAUUAUGAAAAUGAAGCUGUACAUUAUGUUUUUGUGUGUGAUGGUUAUCACUUUUAAGUCAGUGUUUUAAAAACAUGUUAAUUUGGAUUACUUUCUUGCAAAGAAAUAUUCGUGUCAAGUUUGUGAGUAUUUAUUGAGUGUAGUAAAUGUUUUGAAGUGAAAUGUUGUUUCCAUAUUUUGAGUGACUGACCUUUCAGUAAUCCAGGAAGACUUUAAUUUUGAAAACUUACUGAUAAUUUGUUUUAGAAAAUACUCAAAUAAUAUUUCAAAUAGUUCAUCACUUACUUUUAUGAGAACUGUAAAGUUACUUAUAUUAUUUUCUAAUUCAGUUAAUCAAUAUGAAAUAGAGAAUUAUGAUAAAGAGUAUUUUUUCAAUAAUUUAUAUACCAAUAUUCACUUAUUUUGAUAUUCAGUAAUCACCAUGGUUACAUCCGUCCUGUAAUUUGAUUCCAGUGCUGUCAGAGUUGUACUUGUUCUUCUGCAAGUCUCAGUGAAAAAGUCAUUGAUAUGCUGAAAAGCCCUUUUUGAGAAAUGACAUAUGGCAGACUUACUAUCUUACUUUUUCUUGCUAUCUGUAUAUUUUCUGUAUGUGUCGUGCCUUGACAACCUCUGUGAUUCUUUGGUACAUAUAUGUGUAUAAAGUGUCUCUUCUGUCCUAUUUUCACAUUGAAUAUGUACAGUUUUAAAUAUAAGUUGUCAAUUAUUAGGUGGAAUUUCUGAGUGUAAUCUUGUUUAGAAUUCUUCCAUCCACUCUGGGAGCCUCAAACCAUUUCAAGUUGUAAAAUAUAUUCACAGCUGGGAGUUGAAAUAUAAAACAAAACAUUCCAGAUGUUGAUAAAUAUGAUUGAUAGACAGGGGAGAAUACAGCUUUUUGAGAAAAGAGGGGGUUCAUCUUCACCCAUUAUCACGAGAGUUUCAAUGGUCAUUUAUAAACAUUCAGGACAAAAGGGGCCCCUGCACACACACACACACCCCUCUCUGGAUCCGCUUAUGAUAGAUGUGUUGGUGGAUGUUACACUUACGUUCAGCAAUUUGAUGUGCAGGGUUGUAUCCCUUGAGCUACACUCCUAUGAUUGUGUAACAGUUUAUCUGUGUCAUUCAGGAGAAGCAAUCCUGUUGCUUGUCUUCAUUCUUCUUGGUAUCUUUGUAAGAGGUACUAUAUGCAGUGUCCGAAAUCUCCACGGUCACUGGCCCGGCUGGAUAGUGAAUUUUCAUGGGGUCAUUUUGUAAAUAUAUCACUCUCUCCGACUUGUUAAGUUGUAGUACACUUAUAAAUCUUGUGAGAUUAUGGCCUGAUAAAAUGUUCGUCAUAUUAGCAGCUUAAUGAUGAAACCCAUGUCAUGCCGACAAUAUCUUACUCUCAUCUAUUUGUAAUCUUUUGCUUAGUUUCUACAUUGAAAUUCCGGGCUAGUGAAUUAUUUUUUUGGCUAGUAACAUUCAGGCAUAGCUGGCCCGGCUGGCUGUAUCAUGACUUACUGUCCGGUCUAAUGUGUUGAAAUAUAGCAUUCUGUUUGAUGAGAGACAGAUGCUUAUUGCUUCAUAAGAAAAACUGAUAGAGCACAUGCAUUUCCACUGAUUCCAGUGUAACAGAAUUGUUUCUAUUCUGUGAACACAGGGUCAGAGUAUUUGUGAGUUUUAGGGUCUCUCAGGUGACUCUUGAGGACUCUCAGGUGACUCUUGGGGACUCUCAGGUGACUCUUGAGGACUCUCAGGUGACUCUUGAGGACUCUCAGGUGACUCUUGAGGACUCUCAGGUGACUCUUGAGGACUCUCAGGUGACUCUUGGUGAUUGUUGGGAAUACUCAUGGGGACUCUCAGGUGACUCUUGGGGACUCUCAGGUGACUCUUGGGGACUCUCAGGGGACUCUUGGGGACUCUCAGGUGACUCUUGAGGACUCUCAGGUGACUCUUGAGGACUCUCAGGUGACUCUUGAGGACUCUCAGGUGACUGUUGGGGACUCUCAGGUGACUCUUGGGGACUCUCAGGUGACUCUUGGGGACUCUCUGGUGACUCUUGGGGACUCUCUGGUGACUGUUGGGGACUCUCUGGUGACUCUUGGGGACUCUCUGGUGACUGUUGGGGACUCUCAGGUGACUCUUGGGGACUCUCAGGUGACUCUUGGGGACUCUCAGGUGACUCUUGGGGACUCUCAGGUGACUCUUGGGGACUCUCUGGUGACUCUUGGGGACUCUCAGGUGACUCUUGGUGACUCUCAGGUGACUCUUGAGGACUCUCAGGUGACUCUUAGUGAUUGUUGGGAAUACUCAUGGGGACAAUCACAACUGCUCCUGCAAAAUCUCUGAUCCCGUAAUAAUUUUGAUUGGGAUUUCCAUGUUUUUGAACAAAACUAAGCAAAGAGAACUGAACUAUAGAUAAUUUUAACUUUGGUGUCUUAUCAAAAAUGAAAUGUUAGUUAUAUGUUACUGUACAGUGGCGGACCCAGAGACUCCCUGAGGAGCACUUCCCCUAACCUUCGGACUUCAUGAUCCUGGAUCCUGUUGUACAUAUGACUAGGAAAUUAGUUUUCAUGGCUCAUUGUACUCAAAUUGUUUACAGUCAUAUUUGUGUCUACUGAAGCAUGUAUGUGCUAUUGUGUGGUGAUUUUGAAUAUUACCUGUUAUGAUGUAGUUGUCACUCUAUGCUCGGACUAAUGCUGGGACUGAGCCCGGGUUGUUGACUGUAUACUAUACCUGUGUUGUUAGAUUUGAACUUUGUGAAUUUUGACGUUGCUGAUCAAUUAUUGUUAACUAAAUAUCUAUUGAUUAUCAAUAAACAUUGGAGAUGUAACUUUGAACAAAAAUGCCAAAAAUUGUCUGAAACAAAUGAACAUAUUUCACCUCACAGGUAAGUUGUGACAUGUUUUCCAUGGAUUAAUAACAAAACAGCGUCUUCAACAUAAGUUGGAAGCAACCCUUGUUUAAAUACCUAACUUUGUGACUAAAUCAAAACAUUAUUCUAUCACAAAGGUUUAUGUAUGAUAUUAUCAUGAAAUAAUUUUCAUAUUGAUGAUCAUUUAAAUUUUUUCCUAUGGAAGACAUUUCGGAUUUGUUGAAGUUGAUUCUGAACCAUGGAUUCACUAGCCAUUUUAAUGGUGCAUUUAACAAGCAAAACUGACAAAACUUAUGGUCAUUAUUUCAAGUAAUUCAGAAGUUACAUGUGAACCAUAACAUAUCUGUAGUGGGAGAAAUUCUUUAUGUGUUUUAGUAUCUCCAUUAUUCCCCAAACUUGGCUAUUUUGGUGCAGAGAGCUGGUGCUUUUUGAGUUGAUUUUUGUAUGUUUUUGUUGUGUGAUGCCUCUGUCUAGUCAGUGGAACUCCGGGUCGAUUUACAGAUUUCAACUUGUUUUUUAUCGGAAAGACAACAAAUAGCACCUUUGUAUUCAGCUUCUACAAGCUGUUGUAAACAGGUGGUUCAGGGGAAUAUGGCUGCUGAUGGCUUGUGGAUUGUGCAUGAGGAUAGUAUAUGUUUGUGGUGAUGGUGUGUGUGUGAUGAUGGUGUAGGCGAGGGAUGGAUGGUUGUAUGUGAGGAGGAAUGAUGUAUUAACGUCAAAUGAAAGGUUACAUCAAGACUUAAUAUGUAUUGUGUAAAACACAUUUUCAUUUUAAUAUUGUCAUUUUACUUAUUUUAUAUACUUUUUGCUGAUAACUGUCAGUUGUGUUGCUUAUCAUUUCAAAGUUUGCAUAUGUUUGUUGAUAUCCUUUGUUUGACUUGCUUGUUGAUAUGGGCAUGUUGCUUGAAGACUUGGUAACGUAAGGGUCAACAUUUUCACCUAUACAUGUGCAGGUUAUAUUAAUUGGUUUAUUAUAUUUGACUUCUUUAUCUUUGUUUGCAGUAUUGCAUUAUGGUACACAGGUUGGAACACAGGGUUCAAAUGUCAGGUGAACAAUUUGGCUGCACUGCUUUUUUAUUACUUUACAUUUUUCUGAAAACUGAUGAGGGUUGUAGAAUGUUUUAUCUGUAUAUUAUAACCACACUGCAAUACCAAGAAACACAACUGUGCAGAAUGUCACCUGGAACUUUUAAUACAGUUUUAGUUAUCAGGUAUAUAUUUUAUGGAUAACACAGUGCUCAAAUGACCUGAGAAAACUUUAUUAAAAACAAUUCAGUAUCAAAUAAAUGGCUUUUAGAGGCAGGAUUGAAAGUGUUGUGCCAAUUCCGGAGAAACCUAUUUUUAUCCUUACCUAUGUUUCGCCUUGUUAUCCCCCUGUAUCUCUCACAUGUGCUAUAGUGCUUUGAUCAAGUCGAUGCCUUAAAUGGCAGUGUCCUGAGUGAAAGUAUUGUCCUGUUCUGUCCUGUCAGGAGGUUAGGAGUCUUUUAACAUGCCCAGAUCUCUUUUGUUUGAAUAUCUCCACAGAGAAGAAGAUGGUAUUCAAUCCUUUAAUUGGAAUUUAAUUUAC